GUGACCUACAAUAUGGCGGCUCCAGAUCGCGUUUGCCUGGUUCCCUCCCUGUGAAUGAGCUGAUCAGGGCCCUCCAGUCGCCAGGAUGAACACAGAGAAGGACUUUGCGCCCCUCACGCCCAACAUUGUUCGGGCUCUGAACGACAAGCUUUAUGAGAAGAGGAAAGUGGCCGCCCUCGAGAUUGAGAAGCUGGUUCGGGAGUUUGUUGCACAGAACAACAUUGGGCAGAUCAAACACGUGAUCCAAGUGCUGUCCCAGGAGUUUGCUUUGUCACAGCAUCCUCACAGCCGCAAGGGGGGCCUGAUCGGGCUGGCGGCCUGCUCCAUCGCUCUGGGCAAGGACUCGGGUUUGUAUCUGAAGGAGCUGAUUGACCCGGUUCUGACGUGUUUCAACGACUCUGACAGCCGCCUGCGAUACUACGCCUGCGAGGCCCUCUACAACAUUGUGAAGGUCGCCCGCGGCUCAGUCCUUCCUCACUUCAACGUGCUGUUCAAUGGUCUGAGCAAGUUGGCUGCAGACCCAGAUCCCAAUGUGAAGAGUGGCUCUGAGUUGCUGGAUCGGUUAUUAAAGGACAUUGUGACGGAAAGUUCCAAGUUCGAUCUCGUGGUCUUUGUCCCUCUCUUGCGGGAACGCAUUUAUUCCAACAAUCAGUAUGCCCGGCAGUUCAUCAUCUCCUGGAUCCUGGUGCUGGAGAGUGUGCCAGACAUAAACCUGCUGGAAUACCUGCCUGAGAUAUUGGAUGGGCUUUUCCAGAUACUCGGGGACAACAGCAAAGAGAUCCGCAAAAUGUGUGAGACGGGACUGGGGGAGUUUCUGAAGGAGAUUAAGAAAAAUCCCACCAGUGUGAAGUUUGCCGAAAUGGCAAACAUCCUGGUCAUCCACUGCCAGUCUUCCGAUGACUUGAUCCAGCUGACGGCAAUGACGUGGAUGAGGGAGUUUAUCCAAUUGGCCGGACGGGUGAUGCUUCCAUAUUCCUCGGGGGUCCUGACGGCUGUACUGCCCUGUCUCUCCUACGACGACAGGAAGAAGAGUAUCAAGGAGGUGGCCAACGUGUGUAACCAGAGCCUGAUGAAGCUGGUGAUGCCGGAGGAUGACGGUGACUUUCUGCGGCCGAUCAUGCUGCCACAGCUGGACGGCACCACCGACGAGCAGCUCAGCAACCACAAGGACUCAGCGGACCAGUUGACGAACAAUGCGGAAGAUCUGAGCUCCAGCAGCAACGCCAGUGUGAUCGUCACGAUAAAUCGUUCCCAGGUGGUGCUAGACCUGGAUGGCAUUGUGCUGGUGUUGGAUCGUCACCUCCACGACACCGUCACCGGGAUGAUGACAAGGAUCUCGGUCCUCAAAUGGCUCUACCACCUUUACAUCAAAACUCCCAGAAAGAUGUUUCGCCACACUGACAGCCUCUUCCCCAUGUUACUGAAAACCCUGUCUGAUGAAUCGGACGAGGUGAUUUUGAAGGACCUGGAGGUGCUGGCAGAGAUUGCUUCCUCCCCAGCGGGACAGACGGAGGGACAGGAUUCGUUUGAGAGCAGCGGCAGCCAGAGCAGUCAGUCCGAGCUUCAGAUUCCCAUUUCCUCGUCCACACCGCUCAUCUCUGCCAGACCUCGGACACUAGAGUGCUCCCCCUCCACUCCCACCAUGAACUCCUACUUCUUCAAGUUUAUGAUAAACCUGCUCAAGAGAUUUAACAGUGAGAAGAGACUGCUGGAAAUCCGAGGAGCCUUCAUUAUCAGACAGUUGUGCCUGCUAUUGAACGCUGAGAACAUUUUCCAUUCCAUGGCUGAGAUCCUGCUGCGGGAAGAGGACCUGAAGUUUGCCUCCACCAUGGUGCAAACACUCAACUCCAUCCUGCUCACCUCCACCGAGCUCUUCCAGCUCCGCAACCAGCUGAAGGACCUGCGGACCACGGAAAGCUGCAGUCUCUUCUGCUGCUUGUACCGCUCCUGGUGCCAUAACCCAGUGGCCACGGUCUCGCUGUGCUUCCUCACUCAAAACUACAAGCACGCCUACGAUCUCAUUCAGAAAUUUGGCGACCUAGAGGUGACGAUCGACUUUCUGACCGAGGUGGACAAACUGGUGCAACUGAUCGAGUGUCCAAUAUUCACAUACCUGCGAUUGCAGCUCCUGGACGUGGAGAACAACCCCUACCUGAUCAAGGCACUGUAUGGGGUGCUCAUGCUGCUGCCUCAGAGCAAAGCUUUCCAGCUCCUCUCCCAGCGGCUGCAGUGUGUGCCUAACCCUGAGCUCAUGAGGACCACGCCCCAAGACAAGCCGGUGCUGCCCAGUAGACAGGUCCCCUCAGAGAUCAACUACAGUGAACUGCUGCACCAUUUCGACAAGGUGCAGAACAAGCACCUGGAGGUGAGGCACCAGCGAGCAGGCCGGGACGAGCACGUGGAGAGGAGGCUGCCUCUUUGAUUGAUCAUUGAGGACCUGACGUACAAGGGUGGCUGGCCGAAGGACAUCGUGCGCUGAACUGUGGAGCUACCCAGAUUGUGGUGUCAAUGUAGUCAGCCAGCUCCAGUGCCUUUGAGGUGCACAAUCAUUCACCACCACAUCGGUGGCCGUUUGACCAGGAGCUGGCCAACUUGCCGUGAUCCGUGUUUAUCUGAUCUGUAAGGACCUCAGUGGAAUUGUGGUCACUCCUCCUCCCUGUUCUCUCUCCUCCAUGUCUGCAAAGGGCAGCUAGUGUACAAGAUACACAGUGAUGUGCACAAUGGCCGUCCUCUACCUGUUCACGAUUGCUGGUCCCACAUCCUUCAAUCCUUCAGGGUUUGAGUGACAUUGUGGUCAACCUUUCCCCUUGUGUCUAUAGCUGCUCAUUCACCAGUCACUGUAAUCCUCGUAUCACAAAGUGUUAACAUUCCACCCCUCUCUCUUCCUCCUCCCACCCCCCCACCACCCACAGUGCAAUCAGGUCCCACUGACACACUCGUCCUGGUCUAGAACAAUCGCAGUAAUUCAAGAUCUCUUUGGUUAGAAGCGAUUCCCUGACCUAUUGCUCUAACCAGAUUGAAGUUUACUUUAGAUUGAAUUCCCAGAGCGUCAGCCAUGCUCUUUGCUGGGAUUCUCUCGUGCUUCACUCACACUUUUAUAACACAGCUAAUGUCCACGGAGCUAUCAGAGACUUGUUUACUCGCUUGUGGCAAGGAAUUGGCAACCUCCUGCUGGGGGGUGUGGGUGGUGUGAGGUGGAAGCUCUCUCGCUCCCGCUGGUGAGGCUGGGAGUCAGGCACAUUUCGGCUUUACUAAGCUGCUGCUCUUGACUCAAAUACGCAGUGUUUUCACUUCCAACCGCCGCUGCCCUUCACCUUGCUGAGCACAGUGUUGUUUGUGCACAAAAUUGUCAUGUGCUAGUAACACAGCCCCGAGCAUGUGCUAGUAACACAGCCCCUAGCAUGUGCUAGUAACACAGCCCCUAGCAUGUGCUAGUAACACAGCCCCUGGCAUGUGCUAAUAACACAGCCUCUAGCGUGUCCCAGCAACACAGCCACGAGCAUGUGCUACUAACACAGCCUCUAGCAUGUCCUAGCAACACAGCCCCUAGCAUGUGCUGGUAACACAGCCUCUAGUAUGUGCUGGUAACACAGCCUCUAGCGUGUGCUAGUAACACAGCCUCUAGCAUGUGCUAGUAACACAGCCUCUAGUAUGGGCUAGUAACACAGCCCCUAGCAUGUGCUAGUAACACAGCCCCUAGCGUGUGCUAGUAACACAGUCUCUCGCAUGUGCUAGUAACACAGCCUCUAGGAUAGGCUAGUAACACAGCCUCUAGCAUGUGCUAGUAACACAGCCUCUAGCAUGUGCUAGUAACACAGCAGAACAGUGAUAGCCAUUGCUUCCCACUCAUCAGAACCCUGAACGAUGGGACUGUUGCCUCAAAGCUUUCUUCCUAAUGUGCUUACAGUGAAGUGAACCAGAGGCGCUGUGGGACUGGUACAGCACCAGGCCUGCUCCUUGCUUUCUAUCUUCUUAUCUUUCCCGAGUCUUGAGAUCGCCAAGACAGCCGGGAGCCAGCAAAUAGCAAGGACUAAAAAGGCAAAACACUGGCAGAUGCUGGAAAUCUGAAAUAAAAACAGAAGUGGCUGGAAACACUCAGCAGGUCAGGCAGCAUCUAUGGAGAGAGGAAAGUGGGUUAAUGUUUCAAUUCGAUGACCUUGUGUUACUGCAAUAAAAACAGAAGUCACUGGGAACACUCAGCAGGUCCAGCAGCAUCU